CGCUUUCCCUGUUUCCCAACACAACAAUUUUACACAAUACUCCAAUUCCAAACAUCCACCUUCCUCCACCCCAAACAAUGUCCUCCUCCGACCAAACCUCCGCCCCACCGCCUCCCGCCGCCACCGGAGAUGCCAAUCAACCGGCGGAGCCAAGCAAGAAGGCAGCAAAAAAGGAAGCCGCAAAGCUAGAAAAGCUCAAGAAGAAGCAAGAAGCCGCAGCAGCAGCAGCCGCCGCCUCACUCGCCGAAGCCUCAAUCGCCGAUCCUCUCGCCGACAAUUACGGCGAUGUCCCGCUCAUUGAGCUCCAAUCGAAGGCCGUCACUGGUCGUAAAUGGACGGAGGUGAAAUCUCUCACCUCCGAUCUCAAAGACGAGGAGAUUCUUAUCAGAGGACGAGUGCAAGCGAUUCGAGCCGUGUCGAAGAAAAUGGCGUUCGUUGUUGUUCGAGAAGGUUUGUUCACGGUUCAAUGUGUUCUUAUGGUUGCGAAGGAGAAAGUGAGUGAGCAAAUGGUUAAGUUUGCGAAUGCAUUGAGCCGUGAAUCGAUUGUUGAUGUUGCGGGAAUCGUUUCGGUUCCUGGUGAAGCCAUGAAAGGCACUUCUCAACAGGUUGAAAUUCAGGUGAGGAAGAUUUAUUGUAUUAACAGAGCUGUGCCUAUACUACCGAUCAGUAUCGAGGAUGCAGCUAGGAGCGAAAAAGAGAUUGAAAAAGCUGAGAAGCGAAGAAACGAGAUGACAAGUAAUGAUUCUCAAUCUGAAGAUGGAAAGCAACUGGUUCGAGUAAACCAAGAUACACGGUUGAAUUACCGAGUCUUAGACAUAAGGACCCCAGCUAAUCAGGCCAUCUUUCAUCUGUCAAGUGAAGUUGAUUUUAUAUUCAGAUCAUUUUUGCGAUCUGAAGGUUUUCGAGGGAUUCAUACACCCAAGUUAAUGGGAGGAACAAGUGAAGGGGGUGCAGCAGUUUUCAGACUUGACUACAAAGGCCAGCCUGCAUGUCUUGCUCAGUCACCUCAGCUUCACAAGCAGAUAUCAAUUAAUGGUGAUUUUAGGCGAGUUUAUGAAGUCGGUCCUGUUUUCAGAGCUGAGGACUCCUUUACUCAUAGGCAUCUCUGUGAGUUUACGGGUCUUGAUGCGGAAAUGGAGAUCAAAGAGCACUAUUCAGAGGUUAUGGACAUAAUUGAUCGGUUGUUUGUGACCAUUUUUGACCAUUUGAAUGAGAACUGCAAAGGAGAACUUGAAGCUGUUUCAAGGCAGUAUGAGUUUGAACCUUUGAAGUAUUUGCGGAAGACAUUGCAGCUGACAUUUCCAGAAGGAGUUCAAAUGCUGAAGGAGGCGGGUAUUGAAGUUGAUCCGUAUGGGGACCUUAAUACUGAUAUUGAGAGAAAGCUUGGCAAAUUAGUCCGUGACAAAUACGACACUGAGUUUUACAUUCUCCACCGAUAUCCAUCGGCUAUUAGGCCUUUCUAUACCAUGCCCUGCUAUGAUGAUCCUUUAUAUAGCAAUUCAUUUGAUGUCUUUAUACGGGGUGAGGAGAUAAUAUCAGGAGCUCAGCGUAUUCAUGAACCUGAAUUUUUGACAAAGCGCGCUGAAGCAUGUGGCAUCGAUGUCAAGACCAUAGCUACUUAUCUCGACUCCUUCAAGUUUGGUGCUUGGCCUCAUGGAGGUUUUGGUGUGGGUUUGGAGCGUGUUGUUAUGCUCUUCUGCAACCUGACCAACAUUCGGAAAACCUCAUUGUUCCCUCGUGAUCCUCAAAGGCUUGCACCUUGAUUUUGCUGGCCUGGCUUAAAAAUUGUGAUUACAUUCCAAGGUUGAGAUCUUGAAAACAGGUAAUUUAGAGUAAUUAGGUCAGAAAUUGGUCGUAUAAAAUCUCAUGUAAUCCCUGCUGAAUUACAUAUGACGAGUUAUUUUUUUGAAUGAAGUACUUUUUGCAUGCUUAAUACUACGAAGUAUGAAGUAAUUUUGUUUUCCCAGUUGGCAACAUGAAAGUGCAGGUUAUUUCCCUUA